AUGUCUCCACCUAUCACAGCUACUCGCGGCAUCGCAUCCACACGGUCUCGACAGCAUUCGCAUCCGUCAUCGCACUUGAUCUCUGGGAUUGAUCACUUCAGCGUGGGAGCUUCGCGACCAAACACCAUGUCGCGAUCCAUCGACCUCGAAACCAUCACCGAAGAGUGGUUGAACGGUCUUACAUCUCCACUCUCCACCGCGGAAGAACGCAUCAAUAUCCUGAAUGAUAUCGAAAAGACGCUCGUCGCAGUCACAGAUCCGUCAAGCUCAGCAACAGCAAGCUUCUUGCCGCCUGUUAACCAGACCGCAGCCGUCUUUUGGGCGUUGCAGGCCACGGCUGGUUACAGCCUCGCCGAAGUGCUUCUCGCCCAUGUCUACAGACUACAUCGCGAUCUCGAGCACGAAAAUGAAGUUUGCCAGGCAUACGAGCUUUCGAUAACGCGCUCAGCACGUUCGCAUUCGGUCGAUGCACAGCGUCACUCCUCAUCAAAGGUACACGGCCUGGAACUCGAAGCUGACGUGUUGUCCCCACAUGCUGGCCACACUUCUCCGCAUACUAUGCCCGAGAUGCAACGUCAGCGAGUACAUUCGGCUGUUUCUGAGAUCUGCAUCGCCAUCACCAUCCUCCAAGGCCUCACACUCUGCAGCAAGGCAACCAAGCGCAUCACGCAGCGCAAGUCAGCGCUCGAACUCCUCUUGCAGAUUGUUCUCGCCGACUACUGCACACAGCUUCUUCCACCCAUCCUCUCUCCUUCCACUCUGCCAUCGACCAGUCCGACUUUUGAUCUUUCACACUCGCCUGCUACUCCCACCAGCAAAACUUCAUCCUCACCAUCUACUUUAGCUUCGAAAAAGCCGUCGUCAGAAUCAACGGAUGACGCACCGCUCUCGUUGCCGUCUGGUUUUGCCCUGGAUCUACUCAUGUGUAUUCUGGUCGACAGCAAUAUGGCACAAGAACGCUUUACAGACAUGGGCGGCAUUCACCACAUCGUUCAGCUCAGUCACAAGUGUGCCGACGCGGUCACCACCCCUGCUAGCACACCCGUAGCAGCUUCCAGUCCUAGCUUCGCACAAGCCGUUGCAAGAUCAAGCCAUAUCACAGCGUUGAAGCAAACGGAUCUACUUUGCUUGGAGUUCCGAUACUUUUGGUCACAGUUGCUGCAGCAAGGCGAGGCAGUAUCGAGAAGGUCAAGCUUGCAAGGCGUCAGUCUGUCAACAACCAGUUCGCACGAUGCUGCUCAAGAACCUGCGGAGUCGACCACGCCAAGAGCAAGUCCCAGGAAGCGGGUGUCGAGGGCGGACCUGAGACAACAGCAAAGGGCGCAAGAGCAGAAGGAUGCGUCGGGAGAGACGCCAAAAGCCACGUCGCGACGAAGCAUCGUUGCGCCAACAACAGCGAGGGCGACGAGUGAAGAAGCACCUUGCAGACCCAGCUCGUCACGAAUCGAGUCUGCAAGUGCCUCGGGUUCGCCAAGGAAGCUCCGCCACAGCGCAUCGGUAGCAGAGCUGCGCAAAAAGCCGCGCAGUUUGUCCAAAUCGGAUUCACCUCCACCGGUGCCCACGCUUCCAAGGAGGACCACCGAAUCGCCCAUGUCGUACAGCCAGGACCCUCUAGCCAUGACGCGACGUCACCAGCAGUCGACAUCACGGCCAUCAACCGGCGAUACACGACCGCCGUCUCGCACUGAACGUAAGGACGAACGCGUUCGACGAUCCACGGUAUCUGAAGCCUACUCAGCGUUAUCAUCAGAGGACGCGCAGCCACUGGGUAAAUUCAACGCCUCGCGUCCCGGCAUGUCGUCACGCGAUCGUCCACGCAUUCCAUCUCCACUGAAAGCGCGCACACCUGCUCAGGAGGUAGCCGAGCUCGAAGAUCGCCUCCGACGAAAGCAGGCCGUUGCAAGUCAGCAGGCAAUGCCGUAUCGUCGAUUGCGAUCGUCGACCACCAACACGCCGUUUGAGGCCAGUAGUGGAGGAGCAGCGCGACAGAGCCGAGGUGGUGAAUCAGCAAUGGUGGCACAGAAACUGGACGCGGAUGAGAAUCGUAAUCCGUUCUCGGACGUCGUCCGAGUCAAGCCGAGUCUGUCGGGUGAGAGUGGCAGUGCUACUCAGUUCGUAUCGCAACGAAGCGGCAUGUCGAAUACAGCCUCGUCCGUGUUCGGUAGCCACAACGAGCGAACGAAUUUGUCAAGCUCGGGUACGGCUGCGGCAAGAAUCCCUCCUAGUCCAGCGGUAAGGAGAGCCCAAUUGGCACGAGCUCGGUCGUUGUCCCCGACCAAACUUUCCCUUGCCAUGGUCCCUACCACUCCUCCAACAGCAUGCGACUUGUAG